CUCGCAACUUACUCUUCCCCGCACUCUUUUCCCCUCCCGUUCUGCCCGAAGGAAAUGCUCUGCGUAUCAUGUUCACAACCGCGAAUCAUGCCAACCAGAGCACCCAGCAGCAUUAUUCUCCACAAAACACCCAUCAGCCAAACGGUCACCCAACCCCGCGCCAUCAGAACGGCGCUCAACCUCCCCAGCCAUCCCCCUCCCAGCCCCAUCGCCAGAACCAGGCAGCACAACCCAAGGAGACCAUACACGUCGUCGGCAUACCUGCCGUCUCCAUCCAGAAUGGCAAGCUUGCCGUUGGUGACUCCCAAAGCAGCUCGCACAGGUCGUAUACGCCCGUCAAGACUUUGGGAGAUGGUUCCUUUGGCACUGUCCUGCUCUGUGAUUGGCAUGGGACGCUACCGCCCAAUACCCCUCUGUCACCCAUGCAAUGUGGAGGUGGAGCACGUCCAGAAUGGGCAGGAAAGCGCUUGGUUGCAGUGAAACGGAUGAAGAAGAAAUGGGAGGGUGGUUGGGACGAGUGCAAAAAACUCAAGGAACUCCAGUCUUUGCGAGCAAUCCCUUUUCAUCCUUGUAUCAUACCUCUGUAUGAUUUCUUCAUCCUGCCAGAUACCAAGGAACUCUACUUCGUCUUUGAGUCCAUGGAAGGAAAUCUCUAUCAUCUCAUCCGUGCUCGCAAAGGCCGCCCCCUCGCAGGUGGCCUCGUCGCGUUGAUCUUUCGGCAAAUCGUGGAGGGCUUGAGCCACAUUCAUAACUGGGGAUAUUUUCAUCGGGACAUGAAGCCGGAGAAUGUGCUUGUAACCACCACAGGUCUCUUUGAAUACCGCUCGCUGUCGCCUAUAGCAGCUCCCAACACCACUGAGAAGGACGUCGUGGCUAUCAUCAAACUCGCUGACUUUGGUCUAGCUCGAGAGAUCACGAGCGCGCCCCCCUAUACGGAAUAUGUCUCCACUCGCUGGUACCGUGCUCCUGAGGUCCUACUCAUGAACCGUGAUUACUCGACUCCAGUGGAUAUGUGGGCUUUAGGAACGAUCAUGGCUGAGCUUGUUAACCUCCGACCGCUGUUCCCCGGCUCUAAUCAGGGCGACCAAAUCGCGCGGGUUUGUGAAGUUUUGGGAGAUCCUGCGGAAGAUUAUGGUUUUGAUUCUCGGGGCAAAGCUAUAGGCGGAGGACGUUGGGAUCACGGUGUUCGGACUGCCAGAGAGCAGUACGGCUUUGUCUUUCCCAAGACAACCCCUCGAGAUAUAUAUUCAUAUUUCGAGCGUAGCGUUCCCCGACGACUCAUCGAAUGCAUAUCUGACCUUCUCAAGUACGAUCCUGACAGACGCCUAACAAGCCAAGACUGUCUGGAUCACCCAUACCUUGCUGAGGCAUUGCCCCGGAAUACCCCGCCCAUGCCUCCUGCAUUGCAGGUCCAAGUUGGACCGGCAACGCUUUCCAGAACGUCCCUACCUAGCGGCGUUCACCCUCUCACCCCAGGAACAUCGCCCCGUAACAUUCCCCCCUCUCAUUCUCAUAGCUCUCUCCCAAGAUCAUCACCCCGUCACCCCUUUUCAGCAUUCAAAGGCAACGGUGGCGCUCGGAAUCAUGCGCAGGGCUCAGAUAUCCAGGAAGAGGCUCGCACAAAUGGUGCUCCUCCCAUUCAUUGGCCAGCCAGUCAUCAACGGAUGGAAUCGGACCAGAUGGAGCUUUCGCCUCAGAACGAUCACCCACCCGAUAUCCUUGGGCACGGUCAGCCCAUGACAGAUAUCCAGCCCUCGCCCAUGACACAAGAAUACCCUGCGCGCACACGCAUAGACUCGGAUCCUCAACCCAUGGCUUCUCAGGACGGUGCACAAUCACACGGCAACAAGUUGUCAUCGAAAAUCUCGUUGUCGUUUGGCAAGAAACAAUCGAAGUGGAGUUUCGGAUUUGGUCACCACGAUAAAGGGCAGCAGCAACAUUUACCUCCUGUUGACGAAGUUCCAAUUACUUCCACCUCUACAUCAUCGUUGCGCCGAACUCAAUCCACCGCUUCGGACAGUGCCUCUCUAGCCGACGUUGAUAUGCCUCCCAAAGAUCCCAAGGCUCGCCGGAAGGAGGCUGAGCGUGUGCAGCGCGAAGCCGAGAAGCAACGGCGCGCCCGCGCUGAACAGACUCAACGAGAGCAGGCUCGUGCUGUCAUGGAGAAGCGUAAUCAGCUUCUCAUGAACAAUGCGGCAGGCAAUGAACUCGAAUGGAAAUGGGCGCACACUGGUAGUCUUGUCAAUCGUAACGGAUCCAACGCCGAUGGUAUGAAGGGUAAGAAGUCAUCGUCAGGUCCCAUCCGACAAAACCAAGGGCAGUCUAUGCCCAAGGUGUCAUCGCCGACUUUGAGUGCGGCGGCUGGACGAUAUCAUAACCCUGGCGACAACACACUUUCUCCUGGCGACAGGUGGCGCGAUGAGCGGAAGGCCAGAGCAUGGCGCAUAUCUGUUGAUGACGACCACUCUGUCUCUUCGUCCGAUAUGCACAGUACUGGGCGUGCAUCUGUGGCUUCCUUCGGUACAGUCGACAGUGAUCCUGGGCCCUCGCGGGUGCGGCGUGCCAAUUAUCCCAUUAACAGGAUGACCUCAGCCUCUUCGCUGCGUACAGGAACCACUUCUUUCGAUGACUUCCCUAUUUCCGCACGUUCUUCGAACAUGUCGUUACAGCAUCAGUUUGUCGACAACUUGAACUUACGGACAUCAGUGGACACGACGUCCUCAGUCUCCGGAACUUCCUCACCUCCCCCCAUCAACCUUCUUUCUCUAUCACCAUCCCCGCACUCCUGGAUGCAGGCGCAGAAUCACCAAGAUUCGGCCAAUCCAACUUACGUGGUCCCGUCGAUUAUUCAAUAUCCUCCCACCUCUCAGAAGCCGUAUGAGGGUCAGCUCUACGGACAUCCGCCAAGUCCUGGCAUUGAGCCCCAUUCCGCAACAAUUAAUCCAAUAUUUAAAGUGCCACCUCUACCCUCUUCGCCCACCGAGCAGUUCAGCUCACCUCAUUCCUUGCCUCCCUUCGCGCAGCUUGAGGCUGUUGCCGAGGGAGAGUAUCCGCCACUGUCGCCCAUGUCAUUUCAAUCACCCGAUGACGAGUCUUCGUAGCAUCGACGUUCGUUGCACCAUAUUUAUCUCGCUUCAGUCUCAUAGGAACAAUCGUCACAUACAGGUUAAUCCAUCCUCUCAUUGCUACCUUUCAUUUUCCUUUUACCUACAUCUCACCCCGAGUGCUUCAUCUCCCAGAGCCCAGGAGGUUCAAUACAGGGCGAUUAAUCUUUGGCGCAAGCCUAACUUCGUUGAUAC